GUGGGCGGGGUCUGGCGGAUGAAUGAGUGCAGAGCGCGCGCUCUCGGCGCCAAACAGAAACUUUCCUCCGCGCUUCAUCGCUGUUUAAUGGUUUAUUUUAUUAAUGUUCUUCAGAUUUUUUCUCUUUUUAGUUUUCAUCGGUGUUUUGAGUCGCGUUCCCGAAGGUUAUUUUAGUUUCACGCUGAAAAACUGAGAGUUUAUCGCGCGUUUCGUGCAGGAAGAGAAGAAAGAGUUUAAAAUGGCAGAUGAUUCUGAUCAGAGAUCAGUUUUAAUGGAGAUCCCAGAACCACAGGCCAAGAUCACAGGACGUCUGAGGAGAUCCUACAUGGAUGUGCUGUCCGGCGGAGCGAGACACGGGAGACGGGGACACGCGUGUGUGUGUGUGUGUCGUGACGUCAGGACUCUCAAACACUCCUCAGUGUCUGAAGUGGACGCAGGUCGAGAGAGACGCCGGACUCCAGGCCGUUUGGACACGUGUGUGACGUCCGUCUCCAGACACCUGCUCAGAAGUCUUCUGCUGGCCGAGCAGUCCGUUCAGAUGGCGUCCGUCUCGCUGACCUCUGACCUCAGGCUCUUACUGGAGGAUCUGCAUCAGAAGAAGAGCAGCGUGUACAGAUCCAUCCCAUACUCCCGUCUGGGCUCCAACAGAGACGCACACUGCUUCAGGAAAGCCCGGCCUCAGCUGAUGGCCUUCAGGCGCUCGUGUCAGGACGGAGGCCGUCUGCUGCUGCAGGAAGCUCAGUGGGAGAAGCUGCUGGAGUUUGUUCAGACGGCGUGUCGCUACGCCAGCGAGCUCCCGCAGUGGGAGACCAGCUCCCAUAAUGCACUGCAGGAGCACUGCUACAACACGCUAGCAGCGUUCUGUACCGCGGCGCUGAGGAAACACAGACCCACCGCACGCAGAGCUGGAGAACUGCUGCGCAGGUUCAAAAUGGCUCCGGUGUCGAGUCACGUGAUCGGGCCGUGUUUAGAAGAGCUGGAGAAGAUCCUGCAGGGAUAUCAGAGCGGAGAAUCACACACACAGAUCCUCCUGAGUGACGUCGCUGAGGUCUCACUGUGAAGCACGUCGAUCCGUCAGCGCACGAGACUCCGCCCAGCAGCGUGAGACCCCGCCCACCAGCGCACGAGACCACGCCCACAGCACUCGAGACCCCGCCCGUCAGCGCUCUACACCCCGUACAUAUAGAUAGACAUUUUGUGGACUUGAGCCAGCGCUGACAUCACAUCUCUAGGUAUGUUUACAUGGACAGUUUUGCCUCCAUUGGAGUGAAUUCGUUCUGAUCGGUGAAUCUGAACGUAGUGUUUACAUGAACGCUAUAUAAAGUGAUCGGGUUUAUAAGCGCGAUUGUCACGAGCUUCUGAUCGGAUUUACUCUUUUGACAUGCGCACACUGCAUGAAUAUAGUUUCCCGCUGUGGUCACAUGCUGUUUUAAAAAGCACGCGUGAUAUUUAUCUACUUCUGGUUCUAGUUAGAUGACGAUAAGCACAUGAACUGUUGUGCAGUGCUGCUAAAAAUACUCCGCCCCGACUCUCGCUGACCGCCAUCAGCACAUGUGACAUUACUUCAUUACUUGAAUUAUGUUUUUGUUUUGGUGCUGUAUUGAGCAGUUGUAAAUGUGUUUGUAUGUGAAUGUUUGUCUCGUCUGUUCGUGCUGCACUUUGAAAUGUCUGUUAUAGUUUGUAAUAAAUGCAUUAGUUUUCUC